AUGGCGCACACCCCAGAGGAAAAGGCAGGCCAGGCCCCGCCCAAGAAGCAGGGACAGCAGUCCACGCAGUCGAAAGUGACUGCCGACGUGAGUACUCAAGCAAGCGAGGCUCAGAAACAGGCCAUCAAGGCCCAGAAAGAUAAGGUUGCCGCUGAGCAAGUUAUCUUCGACAUCGACGACGUACCCAUCACCCCCGAGUCGGUGGUGGAGCAGGAUGAUGCCUUUCGUCGCCGCUCGAUUAAUGUUGUUACUAUCAAGGACAAAUGGGACGCCCAGUCUCGGACCCUCGACAUGUCCAACCUCGAUGACGAGGACGCGCCUGACAACAUUGACGAGGCUAUACCGCCGAUCGCCAAGUACUACUCCAAGAAGGGAGACGGACCCUCCUUUGCCCUUUAG